AUGGCGAGACGUAUAACCCGAGGAAACUCGAGCACUCCCACCAAUGAACCACAAGACCCCAAUCAAACCAUUAACGAUCUUUCCAACUUAAUCCGUGAACAAGCCCAAAACCACCAACGCCAAAUCGAACAACUCCUCCAGCGUAACCAAACCCCGCCUCAAAAUAAUGCGCCUCAAGCCAUAUACGAACGAUUCCUCCGAAUGAACCCAUCCGAAUUCCACGGUGGAACCGACCCCACCAUAGCCGAAGAGUGGAUCAAAUCUCUCGAAGUCAUAUACGAUUACAUGCAAAUGACCGACCGCGACCGCGUGCACUGUGCCAUAUUCCUACUCCGAAACGAAGCUCGUCACUGGUGGGAAGGAAUCAAGGAAGGAACGAAUCUCGAAACUCUGCCAUGGACCGAUUUCAAAGUCCAAUUCUUCGAAAAAUAUUUCUCGAAAGACGUACGAGCCCACAAACUCAAAGAAUUUCUCGAACUCCGACAAGGCGACUUACCAAUGAUCGAGUACAUCCGCCGCUUCGAACGUGGCUGCCUCUACGCUCCGUUCAUCGCUCGAGACGCCGAGGAAAAGAAGAACCAUUUCAUUCGUGGCCUCCAACCCGAAAUCCGUAGGGACAUCCGUAUGUCCGACGCUUCAACUUUCCGCCAACUCGUAGACAAAGCACUCAUGGCUGCCCAAGACGAGGGAGAAAUUCAAAACAAACGUCGAGCGACACCAAACUUCCAACGCCCGUGGAAAAAGAACAACUUUGGCAACCGUCCAUUCCGAGGAAAAGGAACGCAGCCCAUUCGCCAAUCAACUGGACCACCGCCACCGCCGCCACGGCCAACCUGCCCAAGAUGUGGAAAGAGUCACCUCGGAGAAUGCAUCCAAGGAACGAGGAAUUGCUUCCGAUGCCAUCAGCCCGGACACAUGGUAAAAGAUUGCCCGAAACCUCCACCGAACGUCCCCGGUCGAGUGUUCGCCAUGACUCAAGAACAGAUCGAGCAAGACCCGUCUAUGAUAGCAGGUACCAUAUUUAUCCUCGAAGAACCCAUUUACGCUCUUAUCGAUUCCGGCUCUACUCAUUCCUUUAUAUCGAAAGACAUAAUUGCGCAUUUAAAUCUCCAAACGAAUCAACUAAACUACGAAUACCGAAUCCUCAUUCCCUCUGGCGAAGAGAUGUGCUCUAACCUAGUCAUACUAAAUUGCCCAAUCCGAGUUCAUACUCAAACCAUGAAUUUCGAUCUAAUCCUCCUACCGAUCCAAAAAUUCAAAGUUAUACUAGGCAUGGAUUGGUUAACCAAAUUCAAAGCCCAAAUCGACUGUGCCUCAAAAACGGUCAUUUUUCCCCUUCCGAACGGCGAAACCCUAAAAUUCCAAAGUCAACCCAAAACCUCGAUUCCAAUUAUAUCCGCGAUCAAGGCAGUUAAACUUAUUCACAAGGGUCAUUCCGGCUAUUUAGUGGAUAUUCUAAAAUCCGAGUCCGAUCCCGAAACCCAAAUAUCCGAUAUUCGAGCCGUGCAAGAAUUCCCCGACGUAUUUCCCGAUGAUAUUCCCGGACUUCCACCCAAUCGAGAAAUCGAGUUCGAAAUCAAUCUAAUUCCCGGAGCUACGCCAAUUUCCAAAGCCCCGUACCGUAUGGCCCCGAUGGAGUUGAAGGAGCUAAAAGACCAAGUGCAAGAAUUUCUCGACAAAGGCUAUGUUCGACCCAGCCAUUCCCCGUGGGGCGCACCGGUUCUCUUUGUCAAAAAGAAAGACGGAUCCCUUCGCCUUUGCAUCGAUUACCGUGAGCUCAACAAAGUCACAAUCAAGAAUAAAUAUCCUCUCCCUCGAAUUGAUGAUCUCUUCGACCAACUUCAAGGUUCCUCAGUCUUCUCGAAAAUAGAUCUCCGAUCCGGCUAUCACCAACUCAAAAUCAAAGAAUCCGAUAUCCCCAAAACCGCUUUCAGAACCCGAUACGGCCAUUAUGAAUUCGUUGUCAUGCCCUUCGGUCUAACCAACGCCCCCGCAGCUUUCAUGGACCUUAUGAACCGAGUCUUUCAUCAAUACUUGGACCAUUUAGAUGAUAACGGGUUUCGACCCGUAAAGGUUGGGUUCUACUACAAACCCGCCAUGGACCCGCCUAUUGUAAACCCGUUGAAAACCCACAAGUUUGGUUCUUCAAAAUCAAGAACCGUUGUUUGA